AUGAAUAAAGUUAUGACCACACCUUCAAAUGCCAGUUUUUAUGGUCAAGAUCUUGUAGGAGUAACGAGUUCCGAUCAUAUGGGUGUAGCAUCCAAGGAACAAUUACAAACACAGGAGAAACAAGAUAACUUGGAGCAGCCUCAACCAACAUUAAAUCAACACUUUCAACAACCACUUCAAACCCCAUCAAUACAAAAACCACAAUCAAAUAAACAAUUGCAAAGUUCUGGUUUUGAAGGAUUAAAUAUUUUCCCCACCGUUCAAAAUUCAAAUAAAAAUCAAAAAAAUUACUCGAUGGAAUACCCCAAUUAUUAUGGUUUGCAACCUGGUUAUCCAGUAGUCAGCAACAACGAAUUUUCCAACAAUGCUUCUUCUAUUGGUACUAGCAAUGGAUUAAAUGAUUAUCAAAAUUACAACAUCAGUCCCACACUUCAAGGCAACUCAAAUUUGACUUCCGACAUGCAAUCGUUUCGAGCAAAACAAACUCAGCAUCAGCAACAAUCUUUACAACAACCUUCUCAUCAAACUCAAUCUUAUCCUCAAACAUAUUCCCAACAGAAUGCAUAUUAUUCACAUCAACAACAACCACAAGCUCAAGAAAUGUACAAUUAUGGUAAAACUCAACCUCAGCAAUCUAUUUAUCUGGCUUCUAAAACGGCAAAUCAAAAUUACCUACCUCAAAAGAGUCAGGAAUAUUCUCAGAAUGAAAAAUCAGACGGUAGUAAUGAUCAACUUCAGCCACAAGAUUCUCUGAAUCAGGUACAGCAGCAGCAAGUUAUGUUGACACAAGCAUUUGGAAAUCCAAACCCGAUGUUGUAUCCUCAAUCGACUACAUCUCAAUAUCUGUCUUACUCAACUCCAACAAUGCCUUCAUCAUAUCAAGCUUAUUCAGCUCAAAGACAACAUCUACAACCUCAACAACAGUCAUUACAUAAAGCUCAAUCCUCAUUACGAAAUUCGCUGGUGACAUCAACCAUGACGAACAAGUCAAGGCAUUCUUCUACAUUUUCAAAUAAAGAUCCUCAUUCAUCUAGAGCAACAUCAAUUAGUAGUACGAUUCCUCAAAAUGAAUUUCCAGAGAAUAUAGUGAGACCAAAAGUUGCAACAACUAGAUGGGAUGAUGAAAAUACAAAUUGUUAUCAAGUACGUGCAAAAAAUAUAUUAGUUUCUCGAAGGGAAGAUAAUAAUUAUAUUAAUUGUACAAAAUUAUUAAACGUUGUUGGUAUGACUAGAGGUAAAAGAGAUGGGAUUUUAAAAACAGAAAAAGUUAAAAAUGUUGUAAAAGUUGGAUCAAUGAAUUUGAAAGGUGUUUGGAUUCCAUUUGAUAGAGCUUAUGAAAUUGCGAGAAAUGAAGGUGUUGACGAUAUUUUAACUCCAUUGUUUGUUCGAAAUAUUAAAGAAUAUUUUUUAGCUGAAGGUCAUAAAUUGAAAAGUGAAGAUGAUUUAGAAGCUGAAAGAGUUUCAAAAUAUAGAAAUGAAGAAGGAAAUUUUAAUGUUUUACUUGAAGCAUCAAAUACAAAUUAUGCUAAAAAUGAUAUUGAAGAAGAAGAAGAUUGUUCAAAUCCUGAAUAUCCUACUUCAAUGAAUAAUCGUGAGGAUUAUUUUGAAAGAUCAUUACAAUCCUCAAGUCUUAAAGAUGACGAGAUUAACGAUACGUCACUGCAAAGUACACCUUUCAGUGUUCCAAAAACUUUAUAG